ACUAUUACAAGAGACAUGGAGACAAAAGCAGACAAAGAAAACGUCAACAGCUUUUUAGUUGGUUCUGUUCCAACGGUCAUUUACCUCCCCGAUUUCAUUACUGAUGAAGAAGAGCAGCACCUUCUCAACACUAUUUAUACAGCCCCCGUUUCCAAGUGGAAAGUUUUGAAGAAUAGGAGACUCCAAAACUGGGGAGGCAUUGUGCAUGAGAAGGGUCUUCUUGCUCAAGAUUUGCCCACGUGGCUGACAAGAAUUACUGCUAGGAUAUACGAGAAAUCUGGAUUGUUUCCUUCAGCAAUUAAUCAUGUACUCAUUAAUGAGUACCUUCCUGACCAGGGAAUAAUGCCACACCAGGAUGGACCUGCUUAUUUUCCCGUCGUGGCAAUUUUGUCUCUUGGAUCGCCAGUUCUCGUGGACUUUACUCCUCACCCAAGUUUGCAACUUUCUACAGAACCACUGGAGAAUAAGGAAACUCAAAACAACACAGCUAAUGAAGGGCCCAUGCUGAUGAAUACUGAUAGAUCCUCUGAUAAACAUCCACCAUUCUCUGUAGUAUUGAUGCCCCGUAGUUUGCUUAUAUUUAAAGAUGAGGCAUACUCAGACUACUUGCAUGGAAUAAAAGAUCAGGAGUAUCAGCAGUUUGACAAGGCUGUUAAUAUUCCUCAGAUUACAAAAAGCCUUGCACUGAUCCAAUCUGCAGCACGCCCAGAGGAAGAAAUUGACAGAAAUGAAACAAGAUGUGACAAACUAAUUCAUAGGACUGCUACCAGAAUUUCCUUGACGUGCAGAGUAGUGACUAAAGUCCAGAGAAAUUUGUUCAAGUUUUAGGGCUCUCUUGUUGGAGAGAAUUUCAAUUUUGGAUAUCUGUGGGCUACAGUUUGGAUUUAUGGUGCAAGAAUUUUUGGUCUCAACUCGGUCGUACUUCUGCAAGUUGUGGUUGCAUAUGAUUUCCUGGCUGUAAAGAUGAGUAGAGUUUCAGCA